AUGUCUCACAAGGCCAAAAGCAAGAGAGCAAAGUCACCCACACCUCCACCCCCUGUAUCCAAAACCAGAGGACAAAAGAAAGCUGCUUCAACAUUACAGGUCCCAGAUGAGCAAUAUGAAGAAUUCUUGAAAUUUCAAGCACAGAAGAAGAAGGAAGCAGAAUGCAGUCAUAAAGAAGAUGUCAGGAAGAAAGUUGAUACCUUUAUGGAUGAAAAGAGUGACAUUGAGCAGGAGGUCUUAACAGACAAAAAGAGAAAAAGAGUAACAAGAAUGCACUCAGUUGCAGCAGUGCCUACAAUGGAGGGUGUGGACAUAGAGGAUGAUGCCAAUCUAUCUGAUAUUUUGCCCCUGCUUGGCCCCACCAAAAUGAAAACACCUGUAGCAGCUCUUGAUGAAUCAGAUGUUGAAGUCAACAAUCGAACACUGGCAGAUAGUAGUGGUGAAGAGGGGGACAAUAGUAAUUCUACUGCAACCACAGAAGUUAGGAGAACUAAUGGGCUUAUUCAGGUCAAGGAUGAGUCCACAGACAACACCACAGAUCAUCUCAGGAGGAAAUGUGUCCCCAAAGGCAAUGUCAAACCACUAACUACUCUAGCUUCAUUGAAGAAGGAUGAAUGUGGACCCUUGGAAGCAGCCAAGGAUCCAGGCUCACCCUUGAAGCCCAUGCUUGAUAUGAUUGGCAGCAACGAUGUUCUAAAAAGCAGGGCCAUAGCUUAUGUGUGGCCUGGUGCUAGCCAGUUGAGGGGAGAGCUGGUUAGAAAGGUGAGAGAUACUGUGAUAUUUCAGUUACAGCAAAUGCAUCCUAAGGAAAUUGGUGAUAUCACCAACUGGCUUCUUACUACCAAGAAGGACCCAUUUUUCUGCAGUGAAUUGGACCUCAAAGCCAAGACAUUCAACAAGAAUCUGCCUUUCAGAGCAUCACUGCUGUGUCAGCUUCUUUAUAGUCAAUUUUUCCAAGGACCAGGAUCUGAGGGCAUAGCAUAUAUGGAAUGCUUCCAGAAACUUCCCAACAAUCUCAUAGCUCUACUAGCUACUGUGGGAGAAUGUGCUUAUAAAGGCAUGUUAACAGGUUCACCUGUUGUUGUUGACUUUAAGGAACCAAUAUUCCAGCACAGGUAG